UGCUCUUAGCCCUAACGUCAACAGAAAGUUGGGGAAUAAGUACAAGUGCAGACCAACCCUACAUAUAAGAGAGGUGUAAGUCUGCAGUCCAGCCAGUUUGCAAGACCCACAGAGAGAAAGCUAGCCCAUCAGCUAUCAGUCAGUAUGACCAAGGUUAGGAACUACUUGUACUGCUCAGCCUAGCUGCACUCCUAUCAUCAGCAGCAAGCAAGGGAGGCGCUUGCCAUGAGGAACAUGCUGGUUUGGUGCUUCAAGACAUUAUCCAUAAUGCACUUGGGCCACAAGGAGGUUGUCUAGAAGCUGACCAGGUCCAAGUAGCUGUGUAUGGACAAGGAGACACAAUGGAGGCCAGAGUACUAACACUGGACAACCAUGGCCUGGAGUUCAGGAACAUACAACACACAACUAAAGACAGUCUCUUCUACCUAGUGAGCAUGCCACCCACCCCCCUUGACCUUCGACCCUGGUUCCUAAUAUUCAGCUCAGACAUGCAGUCAGUGCUACAAGUGGACAGCGAUGGAACAAUCGCCAUGAAGGCUGCUAGUGAUAUCUCACUCGCUUGUUGUGCUCUGGCUGACUACCAGUUCUCCUUGAGGGAGGGUAUGGACCACGCUCAGUUGGUAUCUAGCCAGGGGGUAGUCGGUGUGACCCCCCAGGGAGCUAUGAAAGUGGGCGGGGCCACCUCUCGCUAUCAUGUGAGAAUAGUCACUACUGUGGAGAAAUGCUAUCCAGGAGGGGAGGAGGCAAAGAACGACACAAAGACUAACGAGUAAAGAACUGACUAACUCUAAACUGCCAAUCUUUAAUUAAACAAAUUGUGUA